AUGGAAGCGGGUGAAUUCGGAGGGUAUUAUGAAACGGGGAGUUUCAAAGCCGGAGUUAUAGGUGGAUCCAAGCCAAAGGUGGCCACUCCACCAGUAGUAGAUGCAAUUGCUAAUUACAAGAGAGAUAAUCCCACGAUGUUUGCAUGGGAGAUAAGAGAUAGAUUGCUGGCGGAAAAUAUAUGCUCCCAGGACAACGUGCCAUCCGUCUCUUCGAUAAAUCGAAUUGUGAGGAAUAAGGCAGCAGAAAAAGCGAAGCAUGCUCAUCAGCAGCAACAGGCGCAGCAGCAGGGUCAACCGCAGGGUCAGCCAGGUUCAGGUGGUUCUGUAUCAGUGAUAGCGCAUGCACCGGCAACGGCGGCUGGCAUUCCAACCAAUGCAACAGCACCAAAUGCCUACAGCAUCAGCGGUAUCCUCGGCAUCCCCGCACAUCAUCAAGAUCCAAACGGCAAUAGCAUCAAACGAAAACGCACUGACGACGGUAAGCACAAAAUUGUGAGGAAUAAGGCAGCAGAAAAAGCGAAGCAUGCUCAUCAGCAGCAACAGGCGCAGCAGCAGGGUCAACCGCAGGGUCAGCCAGGUUCAGGUGGUUCUGUAUCAGUGAUAGCGCAUGCACCGGCAACGGCGGCUGGCAUUCCAACCAAUGCAACAGCACCAAAUGCCUACAGCAUCAGCGGUAUCCUCGGCAUCCCCGCACAUCAUCAAGAUCCAAACGGCAAUAGCAUCAAACGAAAACGCACUGACGACGGUAAGCACAAGUCACUCAUAUCAAUCGACCAUCAAAUGAUUCAUAUUUAA